GGCAUAGGGUUGUGAUGUUAUUCACAGUGAUUGAUGAAUGAUCCCAUGAAGGGUUUCGGUCAUUUUUGUGUUUAGAUGAUCCACAGCUAUUCAUCUGGCUGUUUAGGCUGACAGGAUUUCGUGGUUGACUCUGUCCCAGAGGCUACGUGACACCCUUCCUGGGAACACAUAUCCCGUGUCCUCUGGGGAGUAAGGAGCCAACUUCAGGACUGACUGAUCAUGACUUCUAUAAAGGAGCAGGCAGCAAUUAGCCGGCUCUUGAGUUUUUUACAGGACUGGGACAAUGCUGGAAAAGUCGCAAGGAAUCACAUCCUCAACACUUUCAUUGAAGCCAACCAAGGCAAGACUGCCCCCGAACUGGAGCAGGAGUUUUCCCAGGGAGCCAGCUUGUUCCUAGUACGCUUGACCACCUGUCUUAGACUCACCUAUAUGACUGGCUCUUGCCUGGAGAAGCUUUUAAGGUCCAUUGGCAUCUUCUUAUCAGCUGUAAACAGUAACCGGUACCUUAUAGAAUUUCUUGAGGUCGGAGGCGUCCUAACACUCUUGGAAAUACUUGGGCUGGAGAAGAUCACAGAGGAGGACAAGAAGGAAUCCAUCAAGCUACUCCAGGUUAUUGCAAACUCUGGCAGGAAGUACAAGGAGCUCAUUUGCGAAAGCUAUGGUGUACGAUCCAUAGCAGAAUUUUUGGCAAAGUCUAAGUCAGAAGAGACCCAGGAGGAAGUGCAGGUUCUGUUGGAUUCUUUGGUCCACGGUAAUCCCAAGUACCAGAAUCAAGUGUACAAAGGUCUAAUAGCUUUGCUGCCCUCUGCAUGCCCAAAAGCUCAGCAGCUGGCCUUGCAGACCCUCAGGACUGCCCAGUCGAUCAUUGGAACCACACACCCCAGCAUUGUGGACUGCGUGCUGAAUGUGCUGCGUACAAUGCACCUGGAAGUCCAGUAUGAAGCCAUCGAGCUGAUGAAGGACCUGGUCAGCUACGACAGCGUGAGCGCGGCGCUGCUCCGGGGCCUCGUGGACCUGCUGGUGCCGUCCGUCGAGGAGACCGACAAACCGCAGCCCAAGAUCCUCAAAGGCAGGGAUCCUCACACCGCCCGCCUGUCGCAGUACUUCGUGCGGCUGUUCCCGGUGGUGGAGAAGCACGUGCAUAAGUCCAUGGGGGAGAAACUCUACGAGCUCUUCCUCAGCAACGCAGAGGACUUGUACAUGAAAAUGGAUAACGUUCAGGUGGACAUCUUGGCAACCAACAAAGUCAACGUUACCCGAGCAUUAUCCUGCAGCGGCGUCUUCUACAGCAACAGGACCCUUUACUCAGGCGCUUGUGAUCAGGAGCAGCUGGCUGAUAGCGCUCACUUCCAGGAGGAUAUGGAAGGAAAGGAGUGA